AAUUCGCAAUCAAAAUUCGAGAUAUCGGUUGCAUAUAAUUGUCAACUACACCCACUAGCCUAGUUUGACAGUUUACUAUUAUAUUUCAUUUGUUGUAAAUAAAUGCAGUACAUUAAAAAGUAUACGUUAAUAAGUGUACUUUUAUAAAAACGUUACCAAUAAAAUCAUGCUUGUUUUAGUGUUGGGAGAUCUGCACAUUCCACAUAGGUGUAGCAGUCUUCCAAGCAAAUUUAAAAAGCUUUUGGUACCAGGUAGAAUACAACACAUAUUGUGUACAGGUAAUCUUUGUACAAAAGAAUCAUAUGAUUAUUUAAAGACAUUAGCCAGUGAUGUACAUGUAGUACGAGGAGAUUUUGAUGAGAAUUUAAAUUAUCCAGAACAAAAAGUUGUCACUGUUGGACAAUUUAGAAUAGGAUUAUCACAUGGUCAUCAAGUUGUACCAUGGGGAGAUCCAGAAGCUUUAGCCUUGAUUCAAAGACAGUUGGAUGUUGAUAUUUUAAUAUCUGGUCAUACUCAUAAAUUUGAAGCUUACGAACAUGAAAAUAAAUUUUAUAUAAAUCCUGGAUCAGCAACAGGAGCAUAUAAUCCCUUGGAUACAUCGGUUAUUCCAUCUUUUGUUCUAAUGGAUAUACAAAGUUCUACAGUUGUAACUUAUGUGUAUCAGCUAGUUGGAGAUGAUGUAAAAGUAGAGAGGAUUGAAUAUAAAAAGAGUUAAGUACUAUCGAAGACUAUAAAAAAUGAAUUAAUUAAAAAAUGAACCGAGAUUAUUAAUGACUGGCUGGAUAAAUAUAGAAAACGUAUGAUUUAUGUUGAAACUUACAUUCAUAUUCGAAUUUUGCUAGAACACAAAUCAUGCGCUGCAUCAUAUGUUUGCAUUUGACAGAAACACAUAAACAAUUAUACAAAACAUUAAAAUAUACAAUACACUUAUUGUAAAUAAAGCUGUUUUCAAAUUAUACAAAUAUAUAUGUAUAUCUUGUUUUCAAUAUAUUUAAUGUAUUUUA